GCUGGAGCUGGCGUCGUGUCCUCACCCAGCUGGAAGGCAUGAGGGAACCUCAGUGUCGCCCUGGGGCCAUGGAGGGCCAAAUCCAUCCUGAUGCAGGGUCAGCAUCUCUGCUUGGAUGCUUUCUUCGGUGCUCAGCCGGCAGCGUCUCCAUUAGGUUUGAAAUGAGGGCACCGAAGAUGGGAAAUGGAAGGGGGGCAGGUGGAGCUAGGAGAGAAAUACCCGCUGCCGGGCCUCCCUGGCAGCUUGCCGGCAGCCCAGGGGUCACGCUGAAUAUGCAUAAAAGGGAGCAGAUUGCAGCUGCCCUCCUCUCUGAUGCAGAGGUGAGACCCGUGGAGACCACCGGCCCCGGCUCCCUUUCAGUGGGAUAAUGGGGUGAGCUGCGCAUGGAGCGUGUGUGCGUGUGUGUGGUCUGGAGGAUGAUAAUGAUUUCCAUUCACACGGUGCCUCUGCAGUGCCGACACGGCGCUCGGCAAGCGCCAGGGCCUGGCUCCCCUAUGGCUGCUCCCCAGCUUAGCCCCACAUUUUGGGCACCGGAGCACAGUGUAGGGCAGGAAGGUCUCUGCUGUGGGUGUCAUCCCACGGGAUAUCCAUCCUUUCAGAGCCGUCCCCAUGUGACGUACAGGGUUGGGGGUCAGGGUGGUGGCUGCGCCCCAUCCGUUCCCUCCCUGGGGCAGGAGGGGGAGUUCCCUGUUCACAUGGGAUGUGAGCAAUGGGAGAGCUGGGAGCUGGUGGGAAGGAUGGGGCUGUUCUGUGCUCUGCGGGUCUGUGUGCGGCUGGUGGGGCACCUCAGCAGCAUGCACUGGGCAGGUGUGCUGCUGGGCGAUGCAGGCCACCAAGCUGGCUGCAGACACUCCUCUCCCAUCCGUGGUGGUGGAGCAGAGGGAAGGGCCCGUCCGCAGUGGGGAACUCCCUGGGCACCGGCCGUUGCCCUCUGCCAGCUGCUGGCUCAGGGGCUGCAGAGCUGGGCCUGGCCGGGCAGGGAGGAGCUUCCCUCAUUAGUGGUUUGGCAGCCUGGCCGGGACAAGCUCCCUUCCACAGCAAAAGGAAAAUAACAGAGAGCAAUAGAAACAGGGCUGUCCCCAGCAGCAGGAGCGUGCUGCUGAGAGCAGCGCAGGGGCUGAGGACCAGCACUUAAUUACUGGGAGUGCAGCACAGAGCCCCAGCCAUCCUGCAACUCUGUGCUGGGGGCACAGGGGUUGUGGGGGCUCCUCCCCUGUUGGGUAGAGGCAGCAAGGCCAGAAGGAGCUCCUGGCAGUGGGAAUGCUGUGGCUGUGGGGCAGUGGGAUUUGCAGGGAGGUCGGCCACCGGCAUGCAGCCAGCUCAGGGUCAGCAACAAGGGAGAUGUGUGAUGGUCCACCUCGCAGAGAGGCAGAGAGGGAUGGGGUGCUGACCCCAGCAAGCUGUGACAGUGUUGUGGGGCUAAGUCCCAUCCCCAUGCUAUUGCUGUUGAGAGCUUCAGCUCAGGGGCAUCACCUCAUGCAUGCAGGGCUGUGCAUGAAAGCCUGAUGACAUCCAUGGGUGCGAACGUUCCCAUCCUGCCUGAAACCUGCAGGAUGUCUGUGUGGGAAGGGGCUUGUUCUGACCUCCUCCUUCCAAUGCUGUCAGUAGGGCACCUUGAAAUGAUGCUGUGGCAGGGCACAGUGUGGGAGGACAUUUGCAGCUCAAUGCCCAGGUGUUGAGCUCAUCCCUGCACCCUGUGCCCCCUGCAGGGGCUGUGCCAUGCUAUGAGUGCUCCAUGCCAUGCCAUGCCAUCCCUCACUCUGUGCUCUCACCCCAGGGAGGAUGGAGGCCCCACAGCUCCUGCGCCUGCUGCUCACCACCAGCGUGCUGCGCCUGGCACAGACCGCAAACCCCUUCAUGGCUCAGCAGACACCCCCAGACCCCUGCUACGAUGAGAGCGGGGCUCCACGCCGCUGCAUCCCCGAGUUUGUCAAUGCCGCCUUCGGGAAGGAGGUCCAGGCUUCCAGCACCUGUGGGAAGCCCCCAACACGGCACUGCGACGCCUCGGACCCCCGCCGAGCCCACCCACCCGCCUACCUGACCGACCUCAACACCGCCGCCAACAUGACGUGCUGGCGCUCCGAGACCCUGCACCACCUGCCCCACAACGUCACCCUCACCCUCUCCCUCGGCAAGAAGUUCGAGGUGGUCUACGUCAGCCUCCAGUUCUGCUCACCCCGGCCGGAGUCCACCGCCAUCUUCAAGUCCAUGGACUACGGCAAGACGUGGGUGCCCUUCCAGUUCUACUCCACGCAGUGCCGCAAGAUGUACGGUAAGCCCAGCAAGGCCGCCAUCACCAAGCAGAACGAGCAGGAGGCUCUGUGCACCGACGGCCUCACCGACCUCUACCCGCUCACCGGUGGGCUCAUCGCAUUCAGCACGCUGGACGGGCGGCCCUCGGCUCAGGACUUCGACAGCAGCCCCGUGCUGCAGGACUGGGUGACGGCCACCGACAUCCGGGUGGUGUUCAGCCGCCCCCACCUCUUCCGGGAGCUGGGGGGCCGCGAGGCCGGCGAGGAGGACGGGGGGGCCGGGGCCACCCCCUACUACUACUCGGUGGGCGACCUGCAGGUCGGCGGGCGCUGCAAGUGCAACGGGCACGCGUCCCGCUGCGUCAAGGACAAGGAGCAGAAGCUGGUGUGCGACUGCAAACACAACACCGAGGGGCCCGAGUGCGACCGCUGCAAACCCUUCCACUACGACCGGCCGUGGCAGCGGGCCACCGCCCGAGAGGCCAACGAGUGCCUGGCCUGCAACUGCAACCUGCACGCCCGGCGCUGCCGCUUCAACAUGGAGCUGUACAAGCUGUCAGGAAGGAAAAGCGGCGGCGUUUGCCUCAACUGCCGGCACAACACGGCUGGGAGGCACUGCCACUACUGCAAGGAGGGCUUCUACCGGGACCUCAGCAAGUCCAUCACGGACCGCAAGGCCUGCAAAGCCUGUGACUGCCACCCAGUCGGUGCUGCCGGCAAGACCUGCAACCAGACAACGGGGCAGUGCCCGUGCAAGGACGGCGUGACCGGCCUCACCUGCAACCGCUGCGCCAAGGGCUUCCAGCAGAGCCGCUCACCUGUGGCCCCCUGCAUCAAGAUCCCUGCAAUCAACCCAACUUCUCUCGUCACCAGCACGGAGGCACCUGCAGACUGUGACUCCUACUGCAAGCCAGCCAAAGGCAACUACAAGAUUAACAUGAAGAAGUACUGCAAGAAGGAUUAUGUGGUCCAAGUGAACAUUUUGGAAAUGGAGACAGUGGCCAACUGGGCCAAGUUCACCAUCAACAUCCUCUCCGUCUACAAGUGCCGCGACGAGCGGGUCAAGCGUGGAGACAACUUCUUGUGGAUCCACCUCAAGGACCUGUCCUGCAAGUGCCCCAAAAUCCAGAUCAGCAAGAAGUACCUGGUGAUGGGGAUCAGCGAGAACUCCACCGACCGGCCGGGACUGAUGGCUGACAAGAACAGCCUGGUCAUCCAAUGGAGGGACGCCUGGACUCGCCGCCUUCGGAAACUGCAGCGGAGGGAGAAGAAAGGAAAAUGUGUGAAGCCCUGAGGGCCUCGUGCCCCACACAGAUCCCAGCCCAGCUGCACACCCAGACCGUGCCCAGAGACUCUGUACAUAUAUAUCGUGUGAACGGACUCUUCUGUCUAUAGUGUAUAUUUUGGCAAUGGUUCCCCUUUGUGUGUGUGUGCGCACGCGCGCGCGUGUGUGUGUGUGUGUGUGUGUGUGUGUGUGUCUCCUUUGUCAAUGUGUAUUAAAAAUAAGGCAGUAAUGACAAACCUUUAACGAGGAGCAAAGCAGAGGGGGGUCUUGAAGGAGCUUGAGGGGCUGGUUUCUUGCUCUGGGCAUGCUGCUCCUCACCCUUCUGUCCUAGUCUCUCUUUCCCCUUGAACAAAACCUUCAGCCCAGUGCUGCUGUCUGAGCUCACUGCUCUCCCUGCUGCGUGCUGAGGGCCUGGUCCCUCUCAUGCGCUGCACAUGUGCUGCUCUCAGCUCUCCGUGCCCCUUUUCUUGUGCAGCAGAGACAGGAGGUCAGUUUCCAGUGCACACACGGACUGGCUGGGUGGAGACCAUCCAGCACUGCAGGACCAGCCCCAGGAGCUCUGCAGGGAGAACCAAGUGACCUUUCUGCAGGCCUGAUCCUGCAGGACCUGAGCUUUACACAGACUGGUGCUGCCGCCCAGGGGCAGGACCCAUGGAAAUCUUGGGGACAGCCAGCGUUGUUGGCCAGCACCUCACAGAGCUGUGCCCAGCAGGGAGCAGGGGGCUGCCUGUCCUGGUGCGUGGUCCAGGUGACCCAACAGGAAAGACCUGCAGAUACCCACGCUCUCCUCUCGUGCCAGCUCUGCGUGCUGCUGUGACCUUGGCCGUGCCAGGGAUGCAGAGGUAGAGGUGGCAGGAAGACAGAAGAGCUUUCGCUGACCAACCUCCAGUCUUUUACUUCUUCUUCAUACUGUAUUAGUCUCCAGUUCAAACAGACAUCAGUUUCUUCCCAUGUUGAGGUUAUAGUGGUCUCGGCACAAUAAACAUGAGUGGAAAUAAUAGUUGAUCUGACAGUAGAUAUUCCUUUCCAUACAAAUCUUGCCUGUUUAGGAAGGCUGCAAGGCUCAGCAAGCUGUUGCAGCCUGCACUGCAGUGAAGAUUCCAUGCUCCCCCAAAAUCCACUCUACACUUACUGCAGGACAGGAAGCCCCAGGUUUUCCUUUGGCACCUGUCCCCUCUUCACCUGAAGUCAGCUCCUAAAGCUCUGGGAGGACUUUGGUGUUGGCAGCUGCUGUUUGGGUCUUACCCUGCCCUCAGUUCAGCCCCCAGGACCAGUGAUCCCAGCAGUGUCAUUUGUGCAUCCUGUUGGGGCCCUGCACUGUGCAGCUCAGCACCACUGCACAGCUGCCAUCACAUUAAUCAGAGCUGAGCACCAGCUGCAGGCAGGGACCCACAUCUGGGGGCCCAGAAGCACUGCCAGGGCUGCCCCGAGAUGUGUAACUCCCAUGUGUCUGCGUGCCUUUUUGUCACCUCUUCCCAUUUGCUUUGUAACUGUAGCAUAGCACCAGGUGGAGCAGACCCAGGAGGCCGACAGGAUCAUUUUGGGGACCCCUAUGUGUGUUUGGGGGGCUCUGCUGGGCUUUCUGGCCUGCUGAGAUGUGCAAUAUACGUACCACCUGGGGCACCCAUGAAAACUGUGUCAAACAUGUACAAAGAAAAGCCAGCAGAUGCUAUGGACCACAGUGUAACAUAUAUAUGUACGUUUGGUUUUUUAUGAUUAUUUUAUUGUUAAUUUUUAAUAACACAAGUCUAAUAAGUAUC